AUGGACUCAACAGACUUUUCAGAAAAUAUGUUUCAUUUCAUGCAGGUCUUCAUAAAGAAUAUUCACAUACGAUACGAAGACAAGGUGAGGAUUGUGUUUGUGUUUUGACUUCUAUUUUUUCUGUAAUUUAUAUCCUCCAAUAUUUGGAAUCACAUAUUCCCAUGCACGUUUAGUAUUAUUGCAUGAAACGUAUUUGACUCAUAUGUUUGCAUUAUUUAGCUUAAUUACCUUUCACUUUUUCCAGGUUACAACUCCUGGCACCUCGUUUGCCGUUGGAAUUACAUUGAAACACUUUACAGCGGAGGUAAUGCAUGAUGCUAUUGAAACUACAGUAUUACAUAAACAUGCUGGCAUCCGCACCAAAGGUUCAGAAUAUCUUGGUCGAUUCUGAUCGGUGUAAUAAUGUUGCAUUCCCUGUAACAAGUGAAAUGGUCUGGCGACGUAUCGUUAGACAGAGUAAAAUAAGUAGCAAGUGUUAUAUAGUGUGCAUUGCAUGCAGCCUGAUGGCAUAACACUCAAUUUGUUUUCAUUUUAAAUGAAGUUCGUAAGAGUUCAUGCAUCAUUUUCGUUUAGACUACGGAUGAAUUUUGGAAACCAUGUGUUGUCGAUGCAACUGAGAAGAACAUUUUUAAAGUAAGUUAUAUAAAGUAUCUUAUAAACGGUCUGUGCCAGUGAUUGUAGGUAGCGCCAAUAAUAAGAAAGCUUCGGAUUGGUAGGGAUUAUAACUACCUGAAAAAAAACGAGGAGAACUUCGACGUUUAGAGUGAAGCUUUUGUAUACUGUGUCCCAAAAUUAUGUUUUUUUAUUGUAUCUAUUACUAGGGUAUUUCCUGGAAUAUGGCUUUUUAAACCGUUUGUAAUUAAUGUGUGCGGGUAGUACCGAUAGUACGCGAAUGAAGGACGAGAGGCUUUGGAACACAAUCAUAUAGUAGCUGUUUCCUUAUACUUAUAAGUAUUUUUCGUUUCUGUAGCUUGUCAGUCUAGAUUCUCUCGCAGUGUAUUGGAACACAGAUAUAAGCUCGAGACAAUAUGGCGGAUCUAAAGAUUGGCAAGUAAGUAGUAGUAACAUUCAACACUUUCCCCUUGACUUGUAUCCAUGCAAGUAAUUGCAAAAUUAAAUAUACCUGUCAAUGUAUAUUUUCUUCAAGUAUUAAUAGUGUAUAGGCCUAUAAGCUGAAUAUGUAGGAGUAUCAGAUUAAAGAUUAAAGGGUUUUAGGAUUCAAGUCGUUGAUAUAGCGUUUCUGUAGGGUGUUGCACAAUUCUAUAACUGUGAGACUGUUAAUUAAUUUUUCUUUAAGAAAAAUAGCGGAAUGUCAACAAAUUAUAGUGUUUUGUUUCCGCGUGUAUUUUACAAUCCUUUAACUGCAAAAUAUCUUAUGGCAGCAUCAUCUUAUUAUUUAGUCGUUACUUCGUUCUGAUAUUAAGACAAAAGAAACAAAGAAUGAUGACUACGAAUAUGGUAACAAUUUAGUGAUAUAUAUGAUAUUUAAAGUGCCUAUAUCAGGGUCAGGGAAAUGACUUUUCCUGAUAGUUUAGACGAUUUUAAGAACAUUUGCAAUAUAUUCGACUAGACGAAAAUUUGAUCUUCAUGGACGUUUUGGGCCUCAAAGUUGGUGAUUUUUCGAAUUACCGCGAGCUUGAAAGUACUGGUAACUAAUCGGCGUUAACCCGCCGGAAGUGACGUAAGAAUGAGAACACGCUAAUCUUGCAAAGUAUCAUAACAAUAAAACAGUAUAGAAUUUUAGUCCAAAAUAUCGUCCGAUUUUUUCCGUUUAAUAACAUUUUGGGUUAACGUUUCGUUUAAACAAUGUCGUCAAGUUUUUCCGACAAUACGGACAACCAACUUGAUUCGGAUAUGAAUUAAAAAUACCAAAUUAUAUAAUGAAAAUCGAAGAUGAUGCAGUUCAGCCUCCCAGACAGCUCAACACAAAGCGAUGAAGACCAGUGGCUUACAACCUUACCAAGGCGAACCGAUUGCUGAUCCAGCUUGGAUAGCUCAAUACAACGAAGAGAGACGUGCCGAAGAAGAGAGAAGACAGCUGCUUAUGUCUCGCUUGAACGGAACUGUCCCCGUAUCAAAUUGGUAGGUGAAAUGUAUACACUAUAUGUGAGCUCAGAGACAGAGCUCGUGUUUACAUGUCUGUGUAGACGCUACGGCGUAUACGCAGGCUAGUGUUGACACUCAUGUAAAAAUAUUUUCCUUUUUCGUUUGAGAAAUCACAAUGAAUAUUAUAUGGUGUUUCUUUUUAUUUCAGGUGUACAUGCGAACUAUGUAAAGUCGAUUUACUGGUAAAUGAAAGAGGCUCAAUGCUGCCAAGAAAUCGAAGGCUGCUUAGAAGCGUUAGGGACAGAACUUGUUUUACAAGAAGUAGGUGCUGAGCCAAAUUGCAUAACGCUUCAUCCAGGCUUUGGUUUGGUCUGUUUAUCACCCUGGUCAUUGCGUCUGGAGGGCGUAAAUUUCGAAAAAUAGAUGGCAGGAAGUAUAACGUGGAAGGUGAUGAAAACAGACAAGACACAUAUAUGUAAUUAUAUAUAUAUAUAUAUAUAUAUAUAUAUAUAUAUAUAUAUAUAUAUAUAUAUAUAUAUAUAUAUAUAUAUAUAUAUAUAUAUAUAUAUAUAUAUAUAUAUAUAUUUAUUAAACAAUAUAAUAUAGCCAUUUUUAACCCUGAUAAAUCCCCACAAUUUGUUAUCAAUCAGAAAAUUUCAUUUAUAUAAAACUAUUACAAAUAUUACAUGAAAAGUUUCUUAUAUUAUAGGUAUUUCCUAAGUGUUGCCUAUAGAGAGUAUAUACAAUUGGUUUAUGGAUACUUGGGAAAGAGAAGAAUACCUUUACCAGCAUGUGGUUAUCAUGCCAUAAGACAAGCUUUUGGUCGAAAAGACUUCAAAGGUUUUGAGGAUGAUGAAGAGUUGGAAUGA